AAAGUGAGUUCAUUCGAUCAUGUCCGUCACCAUAGAAGACGCAGCAGAAAGAUCUGAAGAAGCAAGUAAUUGUGCUGAUAAGGAAGAGAACGUUAUUGAGGUUGAUAAAGAUGCAAUAUCUUUGGAUUUGACUCGCACUCGUCUCAUGAAAAUUGAAGGAUUCGAAUUUCUUCGCAAAAUCCGAUCGUUGUGCCUAAGAUGGAAUCUCCUUAAGAAAAUUGAAGGCCUAAGCACCCUUACGACUCUAACUGAGUUGGAUCUAUACGACAAUCAGAUAGAAAAGAUAGAGAAUUUGUCCACUUUGGUAAAUCUGCAAACACUCGAUCUGUCGUUCAAUCGUAUUUGUAAGAUCGAAAACCUCGAAGCGCUGACAAAACUGAAGACACUUUAUCUUGUUCACAAUAAAAUUACAAAGAUUGAAGGACUCGAACAGCUCACCGAGUUGGAGUAUCUGGAGCUUGGCGAUAACAGGAUCAAAAAGAUUGAAAAUCUUGAUUCAAACUGCAACAUCGUGCGUUUAUUCCUUGGUGCUAACCAAAUUCGAAAAGUUGAGAAUUUGGAGAAACUGAAAAAGAUAGAAGUUCUAAGUUUACCUGCAAAUGCUAUCACAGUCGUUGAGGGAGUCUCCACUCUAAAUACCCUGCGAGAAAUCUAUUUUGCCCAAAAUGGAAUCCAAUGCACAUCUGGUUUGGAGCAGCUAACAAAUCUUGAGAUUCUGGACUUCAACUAUAAUCGUCUCAACAAAGUGCAAGGCAUCCGUCAUCUCAAGAAACUCACUGAUUUUUGGGCGAAAAAUAACAAGCUGGAAGACUGGCAAGUGUUUGAUGAACUAGUUGAUCUGCCACACUUGAAUCUAGUCUAUCUAGAAAGUAAUCCAUUCUCUGAGGCUCAGGAUUACAGAGCUAAAGCGAUCCGUCUUCUGCCGCAGAUCACACGCCUCGACUCAACACAGUGUCGUGAUCCUGCUCUAGUCAAAGCUCCUGUCCUGGUAUAG